AUGAAAUUAUUUGAUAAAACAAAAAUUAAUUGUUUAAUUCCAUCAUGGGAUUAUAAAGUAAAACCAAAUUGCUAUAAUUACAUACAGAGAAAAGUCAAAUUCCCUACAUUUAAUGAGGCUUGCACCUUCCUAAAUAAAUUAUUUGAAGAAAAUAAAAAACUAAAUCAUCAUUGUAAAUAUAUUAGUGAAUAUAAUAAAAUUAAAAUAAAAACAUACACACACACAUCGAAAGAUGUUACAGAAAAGGAUAUACAACUAGCUAAAAUUAUAGAUGACAUAUUAAAAUGUCAUAAUCAUCAAAUCAUUCAAAAAAAUCAAAAAAAAAAAAAAUUAUAG